AGUGGGAAGGGGGCUGCCUUAAGAAGCCAGAAGCUCGCAUCCUGAAGCUGGCUGACUUUCGGGCCAAGGGGGACUCUGAAGCAGCAGACAAAGCUGAUGAACUUGUAAACUUUCCAGCGCUCGGGCUUUAUUUGUCCGAGCCUGGUACUCCCCUCUGUGGGUGGAGAAGCCGAGGGGCUGGCUGACGUCACCCGAGGAGCAGGGAUAAAGCCCGGCACCCGCAGCUGUGGGGUGACCCGUCCAGCAGGUGCCCUGCCAGCAGCACCCACCUCCCCACAACCUACAGGAAAAGAGCGGGAGAGCCCCAGGACACACGCCCACGAUGCCCCAGAACGUUGUUCUCCAAGGACCAGCACCCUGGGGAUUCAGGCUCUCGGGAGGAAUAGACUUUAACCAACCCUUGAUCAUAACCAGGAUUACACCUGGAAGCAAGGCUUCAGCUGCCAACCUGAGCCCUGGUGAUGUUAUUGUGGCUAUUGAUGGCCUGAGCACAGAGAACAUGACACACAAUGACGCCCAGGAGAGAAUUAAAGCAGCGGCACAUCAGCUAUGCUUGAGAAUAGAGAGGAAAGAGACUAAAUUAUGGUCCCCACAAGUUUCAGAAGAUGGCAAAGCACAUCCCUUCAAGAUAAAUUUGGAAGCUGAACCACAGGAUAUCAACUACUUUGAACACAGGCAUAAUAUUCGGCCCAAACCUUUCAUACUCCCAGGCCGAAGCAGUGGAUGCAGUACUCCUUCGGGGAUUGACUGUGGCAGUGGACGCAGCACCCCCUCUUCCAUUAGCACCGUCAGCUCUAUCUGCCCCACCGAGCUGAAAGCGGUGUCUAAGAUGGCCCCUAACGUUCCCCUGGAAAUGGAGCUGCCCGGUGUCAAGAUUGUACAUGCUCAGUUUAACACACCCAUGCAGUUGUACUCAGAUGACAAUAUCAUGGAAACACUGCAAGGCCAAGUUUCUACAGCUCUGGGGGAAACACCCAUCAUGAGUGACCCAGCUCCCACCGCGGUGCCUCAGUCCGACGUGUACAGGAUGCUGCACGCCAACCAGGAGGAGCCCAGCCAACCUCGUCAGUCUGGCUCCUUUAAGGUGCUCCAGAAUUUAGUCUCCGAGGAAGAUGGACGCCCUGUGGGUACAAGAAGUGUGAAAGCACCUGUGACAAAGAUACCCACCGGCUUGCCUGGUGCCCAGAAAGUGCCACAGUGUGACAAAUGUGGGAGCGGAAUUCUAGGGACAGUGGUGAAGGCACGGGAUAAAUACCGGCACCCAGAAUGUUUUGUGUGCUCUGACUGCAAUCUUAACCUGAAACAAAAGGGCUACUUCUUCGUGGAGGGCCAGCUCUACUGUGAAGCUCAUGCGCGAGCUCGCAUGAGGCCACCAGAGGGAUAUGAAGCAGUUACUGUUUACCCAAAAUGCUAGUCUUACCUUAGCACACACAUACAUGCAUGCACACGAGAGGCCAUUACCAGCUUAGAACUGCAGUACAAGUAUCAGGACUCCCGCCUGAAUCCAAAGUAGCAGCUUUUAAACUGUCUCUAAUGGGAAUCUGAGCAAGGUGGGAGUCCCUAUUAACCAGCAGUAACGUACUAUACCAGUAAAAUUCUGUCAAAGGAUUAUCUUUGAAGUUGCCAAUAUAACUCGGUGGAGUAUGAACUAAAACAGCUGUACUGGAAUAACAAAAGUGAAACAGCAGAGGUAUUACAGGAUCACUACAGUAUAUCCACACAUCCUGUAAUCAAGACAUUAUUUUUAACAUAAAUUAAGAAUCUGUGCAAGCAGCAAAAAACACUGAAAGCCUCAUUGUGUUACAGGCUGUGCGCUACCAAAUACAGAAAAUUGACAGAUCAUUAGAUAAGCAGCUAUUUUACGUGGAUAGUACAAAGCAACCAGAUGUUCAUGUCUGCUUCAACCAUCUAUUAUUCAAGUAUCAUUAAUGUGUGCCAAAAAAUAGAUUUCGCUUACUUUGCUUUGAAUUUGGGGUUAUAUUUACUUAAUUUUCUGAUGCAGCAAAUGUGAUGAGGAAUAAAUACCGAUUCAUACAAGAAAAUGCCUAUUGAAUAAAGACCAUUUAGUAAGAAGUAAAACAGUUCCAUGUUGUUUCAGUGAUUUACAAUGAAAUUAGCUUUCACAUCACUUCGCAGAAAAUUGUUCUGAGGCAUGCACACACAUACAUUGCUUUUUGGAAAAAAAAAAAUAUUCUAAUAGGAACUCACUGCAAAGCAAGAAUGAAAGUAAACUUAAAAACCUUUCUGCAGAAAAUGGUACUGUUAUUUGCCUCUCCAUCACUUAAUUUCCUUAAUAGUUACAAUGGAAAAUAUCAUUAUAAUACCUUUAUUUCUGGUAAUUAAAAUUUGGACAUCUUUUAAAAUGACUGAUAAUAGGCAGGAGAAAGAUCUUUUAUGAAAAGCCUGAUGAACUUCCAAGGGGGAGGUGGGGACGGAGCUGGAUGAAAACAGUUUUUAAAUCAACUUCUGAAACGCUUUUAAGGUUUGAAUUGCUUUAAGUUAGGUGCUAGCUGCAUACACAUACACCUGUCUGACAAAUUCAGCCUUAGCAUUUUCCAAAAACAUCAACACCAUUCAUCAAUUCAUAGCAGAAGUGAACGACUCACGGGCAAAAAAUCUUACAUACUUUUCCCAUUCUAAAAUACAUAAGAAGCUUAAAAUGUAAGCAGAAUAGAGAAUCAAAAUUAGAAGCUGUAUAUACUUUAAAUUUAUUUUUAAAAUUGAGAUGAGUCACAAAGCCUGAAAUUAAAUGCUUGUAUACUCGAAGACUUUUCAAGGUGUCUUUAACUAUCAUUUCUGAAUUUAAAUGUUUUUAAAAUGUAUGUGUCCCUGCAUUUAAAAUUUAAGCCUGCGUACCAAAAGCAUACAGAGAUGCACCCUUCUAAAGGUUAGUUCCUGAAUUUUUUUCAGGCACAAAACACAAUUCUGCUCCUCACGUAUCAUGGAGGAGCAGAAUUCAUAAAGUAAACGUGAAAAUCAUUUUGAGAGUGCAUAUAAUGUGUAUUUUUACAAACCUGAAAUGCCACUAGUGUUUUACAAUAAUUGCUUAAUGUUCAUUUAUUUGUGGAGCAAAUGAAAGUAAAAAUAAAUCACUACAUACCAUGAAAA